UAUCCCAGGAUUCUGCGCGGCGGCGUUCUUCCUGUCCGGCCGCCAUCGUGAAAGCUGCAGCCAUGGCCCUGCGCUACCCCAUGGCCAUGGGCCUCAACAAAGGCCACAAAGUGACGAAAAACGUCAGCAAGCCGAGACACAGCCGCCGCCGCGGGCGCCUCACCAAGCACACCAAGUUUGUGCGAGAUAUGAUCCGGGAGGUGUGCGGCUUCGCACCCUACGAGCGACGCGCCAUGGAGCUGCUCAAGGUGUCCAAGGACAAGCGAGCACUCAAGUUUAUCAAGAAGAAGGUGGGCACGCACAUCCGCGCCAAGAGAAAGAGGGAGGAACUGAGCAACGUGCUGGCAGCCAUGCGGAAGGCGGCGGCCAAGAAGGAUUGAUGACCCCUCCCCCAAUAAAAGAUGGUUCUUAAAAAAAA